GCGCACCUGAGACAGGACAGAGCAACCGAGAAUCGCAAUCCGUUUGCUUGCUUCUCGCAGAGCACCGGAAAGCUUUUUCUAGAUUGCACCCGAACCGCAGCAGCGUUUCUUCGACAGUACCUCUCUUCAGCUCCUCCGCUCCUGAAGACAAUGUCCACGUCUGUCGGUGGGGUCGUGGUCGUCACCCAGUUUUACCCGCAAGCCCCUCCCGAUAACGGCCCACCAGCUCCCGCUGGGGUUCCGAGGUGCCAAGUGGUCCCCAGCAGCACCCUGUGCCAGCCGUCAGGGCAGCUGAAGCGCUUCCUCAAAGGAGAGCCAAGGCCACUGGGGACCGUCCAGAUAAUUAUGGGAGUGAUAAACAUCCUGUUCGGUGCGGUUCUGUCGAGGACGCUGUGGUCCAUUGCAGGGAUACUCGGAGCUCCCUUUUGGACCGGUCUAUUUUACAUCAUCUCAGGAUCGCUCUCCGUCGCCGCGGACAAGACUCCCAAGAUCAGCCUUAUAAAGGGGACCUUGGCCAUGAACAUCCUCAGCAGCAUCCUAGCGGGAGUUGGGAUAAUCAUUUACCUCGUCGAUCUGGCGGUGUGCAGCCGCUAUAAUUCUUACGCGUAUCACUCCUAUGACAGCGACACAGCUUCUCCUGUGCUUCUGAAUCGCACAGCUGAAGGGCUGAAGUCUGUCUUGCUUGUUUUCACGACGCUGGAGUUCUGUGUGGCGAUCUCGCUUUCUGGCUUCGGGUGCAAAUCGGUGUGUCACGGAUCCCAAGAUCAAACGCCUCUGGUGGUCAUCCAGAGCGCCUACAACACAGCCAGAGCGCCCCCUGCUGGAGCGGAGAAUAUCUACAGCCUGGCUGCUCCCCCCUACAACCCGAUUUACACACCCCAGCCUGUCGCGUUGAACCCUCCGCCCUAUAAAUCCUAAACGGAGCGGCUUGCAUGGAUUCAAUCCGGAGCACACAGCGCGAUGCCCAUCAGACCUUCUUUAAAAAUAAUAAUAAUAAUAAUAAUAAUAAUAAUAAUAAUAAUAAUAAUAAUAAUAAUAAUAAUCAUCAUCAUCAUCAUCAUCAUAAGGGCAGCAGUGUGGAGUAGCGAUGAGGGCUCUGGACUCUUGACCGGAGGGUCGUGGGUUCAAUCCCAGGUGGGGGGGACACUGCUGCUGUACCCUUGAGCAAGGUACUUUACCUAGAUUGCUCCAGUAAAAACCCAACUGUAUAAAUGGGGAAUUGUAUGUAAAAAUAAUGUGAUAUCUUGUAACAAUUGUAAGUUGCCCUGGAUAAAGGUGUCUGCUAAGAAAUAAAUAAUAAUAAUAAUAACACACUUACAUGAAGGCGCAAAGCCGUAGGUAGACUUAUCUAUAAAGAAUAUCCCCUUGAGUCACGGAGUGUAUCAUUUCUGGUUAUGGCUGCUGGUCUCCGUAUCCAACCGAGCUCUCAAUGACUUAACUAGACCCUGAACUGAACUGAUCGUGUGCUUAAUUAGACCUUUUUAAUUGUUCUCAGCUCCUACAGAGUUCCAGAUUUCAAGUUGCUUAUAAAUGUUGUAGUUAAGUUGAACUCACCAACUGUUUAAGAUGAAAACAAUUAAAAAAAAAAAAAAAAAACGCUUAAUUAAGCUGCUUAACUCAAUUAAGAGUUUAGUUAAGAAAUCGAGAGCUCAGUUGAAAUGAAAAGCAUUUGACACAAUAUGUUAAAUAAUAAAAAAAAAUCAAAUUGCAGUAAAAAAAAAUACAAGCAAAGUAACCCAGCGAUGAUUUUCCUGUUGAAAGUUCAUAGCCUUUCCAAAGAGCUUGUUGUGUGA